AUGUCGCCGGCGGCGGCCGGCGCCGCCUCCUCCGGCGAAGCGCCGCCGUCGCGCGAGCCCUACACCAUCCCCGCCUCGUCCGGUUGGUUCCGCUGGGACGACAUCCACGAGACGGAGCGCCAGGCGCUCCCGGACUUCUUCGGCGGCGCCGGCGGCACCGGCUUCGGGACGGCGUCGCGGAACCCCCGGAUCUACCGCGAGUACCGCGACUACAUCAUCAAUAAGUACCGGGAGGACCCCGCCCGCCGCCUCACCUUCACCGAGGUCCGCAAGGCGCUCGUCGGCGACGCCACGCUCCUCCGGAAGCUCUUUGGCUUCCUAGACGCCUCCGGCCUCAUCAACUUCUCCGCCACCUCCUCCCGCCCCGCGGCGCAGCAGCCUGGGCCGGGCGCCGUCAUAGAGGCGCCCCUGGGGUUGCAGGUGACGCCACGCCCGCCGGCGUCCUACUUCGUGGAGGAGAGACUGGGAGGAGGGAGCGCGGACGGCGCGUUCCGCUUGCCUCAGCUCACCUCGUACACCGAUGUGUUCGGGGAGUGGACGCCUGGGAAGGGGCCCAUAUGCGGCUUCUGCGGCGACGAGUGCAAGGACGGCAAGGUGGAAACCUUGAAGGAUGGUUUUAAAGUAUGUUCAACGUGUUGCACAACCAAUAGCGCAAAGAAGGAGGAAGCAAAUAAAUGCUCUGUUGUUAAACAGGAGAGCUCUGACAACCAUGCUUCCAGUGCAUGGACAGAUGCAGAGACGCUACUCCUUUUAGAAGGUGUCCUAAAACAUGGAGAUGACUGGGAUCUUAUUACCCAGCAUGUCCGCACAAAGAAUAAAACAGAGUGCAUUGCUAGGCUUAUUCAGUUGCCUUUUGGUGAACAUAUGCUGGGCAACAUAAAUAAUGGUAAAUCUGAUAUUAGGUUCCAUACAAACCAAACUACUGAUGGCAAAACGAACCACUUUAUUGUGAAGGAGGCAUCAAGUCAGUCGGCCGAUAUGGUUGAUGGCAUGCAGAUUGACGGGGAGGAAGAUGGUGCUGAUAAAUUAGUUGAAGACCAUCCUUCAAAGCGUCGGCGUUUAUGUUCGUCAAUAGAUGUCACCAGUUCAUUAAUGGAGCAGUUAGCACUGCUGACUACCGCGGUGAGCCCAGAUGUUGUGGCUGCAGCUGCAGCUGCAUCAAUUAAAGCAUUGGGCAAUGAAAAUCCCCAAGCAAAGAAGGCAUUUCAUCUCAGCGAGAAAGAAUACCAAGUCAAAUCAUUCUCUUCUAACCAUGUCCAAGAGAGUGAUUGCAAUGUUGGCAAUAAGGAAGCAGAAAUGCAUGGACAGACUGUUCCUGAUAAGAAAAUGGAAAAAAACUUUAUUUCUACCGCAUAUCAAGUGAGGGCAGCUGUUGGAACAGCUGUUGGUGUAGCUGCUGCCCGCGCGAAGAUGCUCGCGGACCAGGAAGAGCGGGAGAUGGAGCUUCUAAUGGCGUCCAUAAUUGAAACUCAGCUAAGAAAGAUCCAAUACAAGAUCAAACACUUUGAGGAGCUAGAGUUGAUCAUGGAUCAGGAGUACACCGCCAUACAACAAAUAAAGGAAUCCCUGAUGAAGGAAUGGCAAACGGUCCUGGAGCGAGCAUUUCAGACUGGAGCACCGCUUCAGAGGGACGAAGUGCUCACAAGGCUGUUCCUGGACAGGUCUACUCCAUAG